AUGGAGACUCAUCUAGGAACGGGUGCGGGUCAGGCUAUGGAGGACGGCUACCUCCUCGCCCGCCUCCUCACCCACCCACUCACAACCCUCUCCACCCUCCCCACCGCACUCAAAAUCUACGAACGCAUAAGACUUCCGUUCGUGAAUGGAAUCGUCAACACGGCGAGGAGGCUGGGUGAAUUGUAUGAGUUUGAGGGGAUUGAGGUGUCGAAGGCGGAUUUGGGGUGGGUGGAGAAGUGGGGAGAGGAGGUGAAGAGGAGUUGGGGGUGGCAGUGGGAGGGGGAUGCGCCGGAGAGAGAUUGGAAGGUUGCAGAGGGGAUGUUGAAGGAGGAGUUGGCGGCGGGAGAAUGA